GAUUAUUCUUAUUUGGUCUAAAGUCCAGAAGUGAAUGACUGAUCUCUGCUAGUCGACCUGCAGCAGUCGCGGUAACACUGUUAGUACGAAGAUGCCGGCCUCCAUAGAUCACAGAAAGCAGGCAAAGAGCCUGGGAGACAGUGCUGUCGUAAAGGGCUAUCUUAUUGCAUACAACGUUAGUCAGAUGCUUGGAUGGAUUAUUCUGAUGUUCAUGAUUGUUUGUCAUAUCUACCGUGAGGGUAACGUGACACUGCUUUAUAAAGAAGUGGAACAAGUUUUGCUGAUUUUUCAAACCGCUGCAGUGCUUGAGAUUGUUCACAGUUCUCUGGGGCUGGUCAAGUCCAACCCAAUCCUGACAACCUUCCAGGUGUUUUCACGAGUGUUUCUACUGUGGGGAGUAGUGUGGAGUGUGCCACAGGUGCAAACAGAAGUGUAUGUAUUCUACUUCCUGAUUGCAUGGACUAUCACAGAGAUCAUACGCUACUCUUUCUACUUUUUUAGUCUACUGGGUGGUGUCCCUUACACUCUUAAAUGGUGCAGAUACACAUUGUUCAUUGCUUUGUAUCCUGUUGGGGUUAUGGGGGAGGUAAUGACGAUCUACUCGGCUUUGCCUUAUGUAAAAGCAUCUGGUCUGUAUUCUCUGUUUCUUCCAAACCCAGCAAAUAUGUCCUUCAACUACUUUUACUACCUUUGGUUCAUCUUGUUCUCAUAUAUACCAGUUUUUCCCCAGUUGUAUGGACACAUGUUGAGCCAGCGUCGAAAAGUCAUCUGUGGUGGUCAGCAUGCUAAACAGGAGUAACAGGCUCAUCAUCUUAUUCACAAUCAUGUACGGACAAACCACUGUGUCCCAGGAGGGAGGAAAAAGAGCAGUCCCUCUGCUUCCAGUGGUGUUUGAAGCCAAGGAACAACAUGAAAAAAAUGACCCAUUUACUGCCAUUUUUGGAAUGACUGCCCAAAAACCUGUGUUGGAAUAGGCUGCACAUCUGCAGCAUAACCUGUGCUGGGCUGAUAUUAUCCAAAAAAAUGUAGCUGAUCAAGUUCAUCAGAUGCCAGAUAGUAAGCAACACACUGCCAGAUGGUAUUCAAUGCUUGCAGGUAUCAGUUAUACAGUAUAUUUAAAUUAAGUGGCAUACGGACCAGACUAAUGUCAAAUGGAGAUGAUAUAAUAAAAGUUGUUUUAAAAAAUCCAUAACUUGUUAGCAAGUUAAUAUUUGAAUAUAUACUGUGAGUGAAAUUGAUGUUCAGAAUUAUUCUUUUUUUAUGUUGAACUUAAAUCAUACCUAAACACUUGCUGUAAAACAAACAAAAAAAUUGUCAUCAAAACAUUGUUAGCAAGCUACAUUUAUCCUUAGUUUUCAAAUGCCAAAACUUGUUUGUCAUGAAUUUUCUGAUUAAGCAUAUAAAAUGUUGAGCCUAAUGUAGACAGACAAGGGGCUGCCCAAACCCGGGUCUGCUGGCGAGGUGUUGUUGCAGCCCUAUGCUCCUCAAAGGGGCAACAAGGAAUAAACUAAUGUAGACAGACAAUGGGGCAUCAGGUAUCAGUGAAGCAUGAUACUUCAUUGGCAUCAACAUUACCUUUCACUAUCAGACAUCUUCAUUCUAUAACUAAAAUUGUUUUAGUUCACAUUCUUAAAAGUUCAGCACAUUUGAAGUCUUGAUGAGAAUGAAUAGCAUGUGACUUGGGUAUGAUUGUGUGUUGAAAUACUGAAAAGUUCCGUUUCCCAGCAAGAUUGCUACCUAGCAUUUCAAAUGUUUAAGUCCAUCAGGCAGUAGUAUUUUUAUGUGUGUUAUUUUUCUGUCGUUUUUUGAAGAAGGCAUAGUUAUUAUUGUCUGACAAAUGUUUGCUUUAGUGUAUAUUUGUUGAUGAGCCAGCAAAUGAAGAAAGGCAUAAAAAAUUAUUUUUAAACACAAAAAGAACUUGACACACAAUUCCUUAAAAAUUCAUCUUCCUGUUCUAACACAUGAUGUAUCGAUUCUUUAUUAAUCAAAAUAAUGAGGAAGAGAUGUUUAAGAGGCAGGUAAAAUAUGUCCUGCAUCAACCCAAAACAAUUUUUUUUAAAGUAGUUUUUCUUUUAAUGGGCUACAAUUACAGAUAAAGACAUUCAAUUUAUAUUAACCGUCAGACCACAGAAAUAAAACAACUUUAACCAGUACUAUGUUAGGCCAAUCAAACAAAACUUUAUCGAAUAAUAAAGGAAUAGGUGCCUUUAACUACCCCUUUAUUUUUAACUCUUUGGUCAACUUUAAAUAAAUGUAAAUUUUAAAAAAGUGUGAACUUUCAAUAAAACAGACAAAUUUUUUUGAGAUUUACUCAAAAGUAACAUGCUACCGCAUAACAGAAAAAACAUCAUGCCAGUAUGUCUAUAAUACAAGAUCAACAAGUGAACAAUGGUAGCUGAUGACAUUAUAUGCUUCUUUGUUGCCCAUCUUAACUGCUUAAAGUGCAAGAUUUUAUUGCACUCUUGAUAUCUCCUUAUAUUCUUGAUUUUUAUGUUAAUUUGAUUGGCUCUAUGGUGGGCCUAUUCUCAUGUAAGUGCAUCACUUAUAUUUUUAUUAUUAAAUACUUGUACCUGGGUUCAUGUUCCUGGUUGUGUCACUUAGGGUACAUUUUGAAAGCACAUUGCUUGUCCUCUCUGAACAAAAUAUUCAGGACUGUAAACUUCAUGAAUCUGCAGAAGUGUGCAACAUUUGUACUUGCGGACUAUAAGGAUCAUAUAUAACUAUGAUACAUUUCUGCGCAUAUCUUUCACACACCUAAUUUUUAAAAAAGGUCGUUUCCCACUCUAAACUUUCAAUUUCAGCACCUGAUCAGAGAAGAGUCCAUACUUUUUGAAGCACAACACUUCAUAAUAAAUGAACAUCCUUCAGUUAAUCCUCUUGCCUUUAAAAGACAAAAACAAAAUGUUCUAAUUUUGGAAAAAAUUUUGCAUGCAAUUCUGGUUCCCAUAGUGUUCACAAACACUACAUGCAUUCAUGAAAAUGGCUGCUAUAUACAAAUAUAUUGUUUCUGCCCACAUAAAAACUAUUUACCUAUGAUAUGUCAUAAAUACCCCCUUUACAUCAAUACCUUGAAGUCUCAAUAUAUAGUCUUACUCAGCAUAACUCUUCGUUUUCUAUCUUUACCACUUCUAUUCGAAUAAUGGCAUUUCUAACAAGCUGGCACUCAAUGUUGUUUACCAUCUACAUGUUCAAGUUAGUAUUGCCAUGUAUAAUGGUUGCAUCUAGAGAGUGUUUAGGACCUUGACAAAAGGAAGGUUAAACCAUUGUGAAUUAUUAAACUUUAGAAUCUAUGGAUAAUUGCUGAUAUAUAAAUAUGAAUAUGCAAAAUGUCAUUCAUACAAGAUGAGAAUGGAAAGUACAGGAGCACCAGAGUUCUACCCAAUCCAACCCCCACCUCCAAAA